GGCCUUUCUUUUUCACUUCAGAGAAAGCCGGUCUCACAAUACAGCUGGCAACUGUGGAAAAAGCUUCGAUUCAGCAAGAGCUAACAUGCUUAGGAAUUUAUUUGGGAACUUCUAAAAGACUUCUGCUAACCACCAUCUGGGAUCCACUUCAGGAUUACCAAAAAGGAAAACCUCAUGUAAAAGGAGGCAAGAAGAAAAGAGGACAAACCGGGAAUGAUUAAGACUCUGAAACUUUGCACUGCAGAGCAAAAACUGGUAACUUCAGCUUAAACAUCCCAGAACAUAAAACAGCUUUAACUCUGGAAUAUUCACCUUAACAACUUUGCAAGAAAUACAGCUUUACAAGAAGAGUGGCUGUUUUCCUGUCUUGGAAAGCAGCUUUGUGUGAAAUCUGCAUUCCAUGGGUUGGCUUCCAUGACUGCGUGUUUUAAAGGCUGUUCGUCACUUCACUAAAUCCUGGAUUACUGGAUUUUCUGAGGACAGAAAAUGAGAAUAAUUUCUCGUUGAAGAAACGAGUGGAAACCUUACAGCAACAAAUUGCAUGUUUUAUUUGGAGAUUUCAGAGAAAAAAAGGAAAUAUCUCUAAAACCAUUUCAGUAUCCAAAUAAUUUGCAAAUAAACUGGAGUUUGCAGGGAUCACAAUCUGAAUACCAAAGAAGACCGUGGGGACAAAAAGACUUGUGCACCCUCCACUGGCUGCGCCUUUAUGAUGGUAAGCACUAACAGCUCGCAAUGCUCCUAUGAUGACUCCUUUAAGUACACUCUGUAUGGCUGCAUGUUCAGCAUGGUGUUUGUGCUUGGGUUAAUAUCCAACUGUGUUGCCAUAUACAUCUUCAUCUGCACCCUCAAAGUGCGAAAUGAAACUACAACAUACAUGAUUAACUUGGCAAUGUCAGACUUGCUUUUCGUUUUUACUUUGCCCUUCAGGAUUUUUUACUUUGCAACACGGAACUGGCCAUUUGGAGAUUUACUUUGUAAGAUUUCUGUGAUGCUGUUUUAUACCAACAUGUAUGGAAGCAUUCUGUUCUUAACCUGCAUUAGUGUAGAUCGGUUUCUGGCGAUCGUUUACCCCUUUAAGUCAAAGACUCUAAGAACUAAACGAAAUGCAAAGAUCGUCUGCAUGGCUGUGUGGCUCACAGUGAUCGGAGGAAGUGCACCAGCAGUGUUUUUUCAGUCUACUCACUCUCAGGGUAACAAUACCUCAGAAGCCUGCUUUGAAAACUUUCCAGAAGCCACAUGGAAAACUUAUCUUUCAAGGAUUGUAAUUUUCAUUGAAAUAGUGGGAUUUUUUAUUCCUCUAAUUCUAAAUGUAACUUGUUCUAGUAUGGUGUUGAGAACUUUAAACAAACCUGUUACAUUAAGUAGAAGCAAAAUAAACAAAACUAAGAUUUUAAAAAUGAUAUUUGUACAUUUGGUCAUAUUCUGUUUCUGCUUUGUGCCUUACAAUAUCAAUCUUAUUUUAUACUCUCUGAUGAGAACGCAGAAGUUUGUUAAUUGCUCAGUAGUGGCAGCAGUAAGGACAAUGUACCCAAUCACGCUCUGCAUUGCUGUUUCCAACUGCUGUUUUGACCCUAUAGUUUACUACUUCACGUCGGACACAAUCCAGAACUCCAUAAAAAUGAAAAACUGGUCUGUUAGGAGAAAUGACUCCAGAUUCUCUGAAGUUCAAGGCACAGAGAAUUUUAUUCAACAUAACCUACAGACCUUAAAAAGUAAGAUAUUUGACAAUGAAUCUACAAUAUAAGCUGCCUGAACAAACCUCUGGGACAGAACCUCCAAGUUUCCUCAACUGUGAAAAGUGUUCUCUGGAAAAAGUAUUUCUCACCUCCAAAAGAAAUUAACAUGUGGACAUUUCUAAAGUUUUUAGUAUAAAGAAAGCUUGUAUUCUAUGUAUUAAGCAUUAAAAUAUAUUCUAUUAUUGUAUACACACUCCAUCCUAUAUUUUUCUGAGCCAUUUUGAUUUGUUCAUUAAAAAAUAUGUUAAAACAGUU